AUGAAGCAUAUGUUGAACCUUUAUAUCUUGGGUGUGGUGUUGGCCCUGCUUUCCAUCUUCAUUGGACUGAUGGAGUCACUGGGGGUCUUACUGGAGGGCCCAUUGUCUGGGAACUCCUGGACCACCAGAGGUCAACUAGCCCACCCAGAGACCCCCAAGGGUCUUCCAGACCAUCCAUCUCAGUCCAGAUUAUGCAACUUCAGCUGUUGGGAGAUGGUGAUGAUUCCCCCCAUUCCCUAA